UGGAAUUUCCUCAGUUCCGCAGAUGACGUUGUGAUGUGGAACUGGAAACGUGUGAAAAUACGAAGGGCAAACUCCAGCUUAAAUUUAAAAAGCUACUUUGGCAUUUUAAUAUUGGGCAACAAAUCAGCUCCGCUAGUUUAGAAAUGCAGAUAAAACGCAAGCGGAAAACAGCUGUCGGUCACAAGUGGUUCUGUUAGCGAGUGUUCUUUUGUUUUGUCUGAAACACUUUGAGAUGUAAGGAAGUGCUAAAAAUAGCGAAUCAGUAGCUAUCUAUAUUAAACAUUUGACAUCGUACUUGGUUGGACUUAAAAGCAUUACAAGGUGAUCGGCACCAAAAACGUCUUCAUUUUAACCCGCAUAUGUUGUAGCUGGAUAAUUUUCGGACUGCUGUCAGCAGCACAACAACUAUGAGCGCGAGCAGUGCCCUGGAGCAGGUGAAUGAACCCGGAACAGCUCCGCAAGAUAAGGAUAUGAUGCCAAAUCCAGUCGACUCAGCGGUCUACAAAGAUCCUGCAGCAGCUGGAGACAGUUUAUUGAAAAAGGAUAAAGAGACUGAGACACCUGAAGUUCCCAGUCCUGGGAGCCCGGAACCAAAAGAGUCUGGUGCUCAGGAACAAGCAGGAGAGCGACAGGAAGGCGAAGCUGAUGCUGAUCAGAGUAAGAAGGCAACAGAACAAAUAUUGCAAGAUCCUAAAGAUAAAGGCGAAGGAGACCUGAGACAGCAGGAAAAGGUGGUUGCCCAUAGCGAUGAACCCCCAGCAAAGGACAGCAGCGGUGUGAUUUCUGUAAUGCUAUAUUUGUCAGCUUUGGUGGCUGUUUUGGCUAUCAUUUACAUCCAGCCUGGCUUUCAAUCAAACCUACCCCCUGUACCAAGCAAGGGAAGAGCUGACAUUUUUAAUGAAGAAAUUGGGAGAGUAAAGCUCAACUUUCCCAGCCAGAGGGCAGCAUUGUGGCGGAGGAGUGGAAUCCAUCUUACGCGGCACCUAGAGGCAAAGAGGCCUACAGAACCAGUCAGCAUGAUCCUGACGUCGGGUCGUGGGGCCGAGAAGACUCUACGUUGCCUGGCCGUCCACAUAGCCAAAGCCUUGUCUGCAGCUCUCAACACUUCUGUACUCGAAAUCGACGGAACCAGCAAGGCCUCGUUAGACAGUGACCAAGUUAAGCUGGACAUUGAUGAGAAGCUGAAUACGGCCUUUGGCAUGAAGAAGGGGCCGGCGGUUAUCCAUCGGCUUGAGGAGUUUCCCCCGGGCUCCACGCUUAUAUUUUACAGAUACUGCGACCAUGAGAAUGCAGCUUUUAAGGAGGCUUCUCUGAUCUUCACCGUGCUGCUUGAGGAGGUCGAGCAUCUGGAGCCGCAGAUGAGUCUGAGCGAUGUCGAGGAGAUGGUUCAGGAUCACGUCAAGGGCAAAUUCCUCUCCUCCACGGAGCCGGCUGCUUUUGAUAAAAUGGAUGUUGAUAAAUUAGGUGGGCUAUGGAGUCGGAUCUCGCAUCUGGUCCUGCCUGUGGCUGCAGAGAAGGAUAUUGAGCUGGAGGGCUGUAGAAGCUGAGAACCUUCAUCCAACAGCAGAAAUGCACUUAACAAUCUAGUGCAUUUCAGAUUUCAAAAUGACUAUGAACUGUAAGAAGAAGGUUUCCUGAAAUCUCAUUUUCUCUUACACUUCCUUUCAGAAAACACUUUGACUUUAAAUAAUCAAGGGAAACUUUUAAUCAGCUAUAAUUUACCUCAGGGUUGUGUUAUGGACAAAGGAAGCAUGACUUAUAAACUUAAAGAUUUAUGUACCUGUUUUAGCACAACAUUGAGAUAUAAAGAUCGGAAGUUGUCUGUUUUUACAGUAGAUUUGAUCAUUUAAGGAGUGAGAUUUAACGGUAAGGUUUACAAUGCGAAUCAUGGCCCAGUUGAUUCACUGAUAUUUUAUUGAAAUCUGUGCCUUAAAUACUACAGUAUAUAAAUAAAAGAUGCCUAUUCUGUUCUCAUUGAUUGCAGGUUAGUACUGUUCAGCAUUGUGUUUGUGUGUGUAUAAUAUAAAGGGAAAGCACUGUAAUUUAACAUAUCCAUUGAUUUAUGGGCUGCUAAGCUAGAUAUUUUAUGUAAUUUGUAUAUCCUACCAUCAGGUCCUGAUUAUAAAAAUACAAUUUAUAUGCACUUUUAAAAAUUAUGGUAGACAAAAAGCAUACCUUAUGUUUCAGAAUGGGUCAUUUAAAAUGUUGUAGACACUUAUACAUGUGUGCAUAAUUAGUUACCUAAAUUUUAAGAGUGUGAUUGGUUCUGACAUUAACUUAGAGGCAGUUUAACCUUGGGUUAAAAAAAAAUUGAGCUACAUUUUAUUUUUGGGGUUAAUCCUGACUGCUCUAUCAAAAGAAGAAGGAAUUUAGCUAAACCAGUUUUAGUAUCAAAUUACUGGACUUUUCACUAAGAAAAAAUAUACAGUAAGGCUGCAGUAAAGGUCAUUUUAUCAGACACACUUUUUAAGAGAUGAAAAUAAGAUAAAUGUAUAACCCUAAAUUAAUUUAAAAUUUAAGUCAGGUGCCUUAACAUUUUAUAUGUCGCUCAGGUAAUUACAGAUGAUGGACUGAUACCAACCCCUGCCUGAGAUGUGGUUUGUCUAGUCUUCCAAAUUUGUGGACCUUGUUAAAAGUCCUUCUCAGGAAAUGUCCAUCCUCCCCCUUUAUUAGGUUUUGGUGCUGGUGUGAGGCUCAGCAGACUGGGCCUCUGUGCCUGUGAUUAAAAAAAACUGCUGGUUUGAAUCUCAUGCUUGGUUGAAUAGUCAGAUUGCUGUUGGGCUUUUGAGACCUUUAACCCUGGUGCUGGGUAAAUGAUGACCCUGUAUUCUGACCCACAAGCCUUGUAUAUGUGGUAUAUCUAAAGAGGAGAGCAAGAGAGGACAUGCAAAACCCGGAGGGGAAUAAAGCAUUGUCCAGCAGGCCUGUGUACAAUAGGCUACUGGCUGAAAUAUCUCAAAGUAUUAAAAAAGUGGGGAUGUUUUUAAAAUAUGACCAUCUUUUUGACCAUCGUUUCCCCCCUGGGAUCAGUAAAGUUUAUCUUAAUCUUUCCAUAAGCUGUACCUACCAUGUGCAGAGCAGGUUUAAGAAAAAAUAAAAAGUGACCUCUGUUGGGA